CUAAAAAGACCAAAAUUACUCUCUCUCUCUCUCUCUCUCUCUCUCUCUCUCUGUUCAUCAAUCUCACAUCGACACGAAAAUAGAGCUACUCAGACUUGUUCUAUUUUGCUGUUACCUUCUCCAGGAAAAAAAAAAAAGCGUUACUAUUUUUGUUUCUCCUUACGACGAAGAAUCUAAACACAGAGGCAGCUGAUUAAUUUUUUUUUGUUUUGGUUUGUUCAAAGAUGCAACUUUUUGAUAGCUGUUGUGGAAAAGGAUUUGAUGGGAAGAAGGAAAAGACAGAGCCAUCUUGGAGGAUAUUUUCACUGAAGGAACUACAUGCGGCCACCAACAGUUUCAACUACGAUAACAAACUCGGUGAAGGUCGAUUCGGUAGUGUGUAUUGGGGUCAGCUUUGGGAUGGAUCACAAAUUGCAGUCAAGAGAUUGAAGGCAUGGAGUAACAGAGAGGAGAUUGAUUUUGCUGUGGAAGUUGAGAUUCUUGCUCGUAUUCGUCAUAAGAAUUUGUUGAGUGUUCGUGGCUACUGUGCUGAAGGACAAGAACGUCUUCUUGUAUAUGAGUACAUGCCGAAUCUGAGCUUGGUUUCACAUCUUCAUGGCCAGCAUUCAGCUGAAUGCCUUCUAGAUUGGUCCAAGCGGAUGAAGAUUGCUAUAAGCUCUGCUCAGGCCAUUGCGUACCUACACCACAACGCAACCCCACAGAUAAUCCAUGGAGAUGUGAGAGCUAGCAAUGUGUUGUUAGAUUCUGAAUUCGAAGCUCGAGUUACAGAUUUUGGAUAUGGUAAGUUGAUGCCAGAUGAUACUGGAGAUGGAGCUACCAAAGCCAAAAGUAGUAAUAAUGGGUAUAUAUCACCAGAAUGUGUUGCAUCAGGAAAAGAAUCAGAAACAAGCGAUGUGUACAGUUUCGGCAUCCUUUUGCUGGUACUUGUUAGUGGUAAGAGACCUCUUGAAAGGCUGAACCCAACAACAACGCGGGGUAUAACCGAGUGGGUUUUACCACUUGUUUAUGAAAGAAAGUUUGGUGAAAUCGUUGACCAGAGGCUUGGCGAGGAACAUGUGGAAGAGAAACUGAAAAAAGUAGUAUUGGUGGGGCUAAUGUGUGCUCAGACAGAGCCAGAGAAAAGACCAACAAUGUCUCAAGUGGUGGAGAUGCUGAUGAAUGAAUCAAAGGAGAAAAUGUCUGAACUUGAAGACAAUCCUCUCUUCAAGAAUGAAAACAAUAGCGAGCAGGUUGCAGAGGAAAGCUCAGAUGUGAUCUCAUAAGAGAAGGAUCAUCAUCAACAACAACAACAACAACAAUAGGAAUGGCUAGGCACAGAGAUUUAUUUGCUCGGAUUAUUUUUUUUACAAGCUUCUGUUCAUAUUUGCUAGUUUUUCUCCAUCACUGGAUCAUUAUCCAGAGGUCUUGCUUAUUAUUUUUGGUGUGUUAUCUUGGUUCAUAACAUUGAUUUGAUCACUGAUAUUGGAAUUUGUAAGGUGUGGUAUUGGGCACAUAAAAAGGCAAAUUGUGAUACUUUUGGUAUUCUACAAAUAUUGAAUC